CACUUAUUACCAAGAGGUUGAUGAGGUUAGGGUUUUCGUUGUUUGGGACUGAACACUUUCUCUCUCCUUCUUCUGCCCCAAAAUAAAAGCUUUGAAGUUUCUAGGGUUUUAGCAAAUCACACUCUUGAUCAGCAACAUGUAUCUUCAGUACUACAUCAAUGACAACGGUGACAAAGUUUACACUGUUAAGAAAGAAUCACCACUUGGGAAAGCAACAGAAUCUGCUCAUCCAGCUCGGUUCUCCCCUGAUGACAAGUACUCUAGGCAGAGAGUUCUUUUGAAGAAGCGAUUUGGAUUGCUGCCAACUCAGAAACCAGCCCCCAAGUAUUGAGAAAUCCUACUCUGCUUUUCGUACUAGUAGUGUUCCCUCCAAUAUGUCAUGUGUUUUACACUUUAUUGUAUUAUGAGUUAAACAUGAAUGAUACUUAACUUAGCAGUAGCUGUAGAAGAUUAUGAAUGAGUAAUAUUUCUAUCUAGUUGUAUGUUUGAAUUUUUCUUCAUUUUUUUUUCUCAACUCCGUUUAGUGCAAGGUAUACUGGAUCAGUGCCUGCUCUGACAUAUAUUGUGCACUCCUGUUUUCCUUAUCGAUAUGAGUACUUCUGCAGGA